GGUUUCUCGAUUACAAAUGAGGUCUAGGGUUUAAUGAACAUCAGAUGUGUGACUGGAAGUUGGAAUUGGGGAUUUAAAAGAUCUCGAACUCUCUUUUUACAAAUUCGGUUUAUUGCCGAUUGCAUUCGCAACACAGGAGCAUCUGUUUUUUCUUCUGGAAUAAUAUGAUGGAAGAGAAGCCCACUAAUGUUUUAGCUCUUCCCCAGACAACUCAAGAGCUUGCAAUGGAGGGCAUCAAGCAUCUUGAAGAAACCAUAGAAUCCGCUUUCCAGAUCCUCUACUCCAUGAAUGAUGAGCUCUGCAAUCCCACAUUAUGGUCCACCACUUCUUCAACGGUAACAACGGCUACUUCUGGUUUAGCAAUCGCCAGCCCAAAUGGUCCAUCUUCGCAUUCUGUUAAUGGAGUUGUAAACGGCGACGCAAGUUCCGAAAGCACUAGCCAUCAUACCGACUCCAGCAGUGGCGGAGGCAGCGGUAGUGGGGGAGCCCUUGAGGAGGCCCGUGUUCGCUACAAGAAUUCAGUCCUUGCACUUCGUGCUAUUCUUGCUGCAAUUCCCAAUUCUCAGAAGGCAACAGCAUAUGAAUCGGGUACGAGUGGUUCGCCUGCAGACCAAUCUGAAAUUGAUAAGUUGGAACAACACCUCUCUAGUCUCAGAAAGGAACUUGUAGUUAAGAAUUUGCAUAUCAAGCUUCUGAUAGAUCAACUACGAGAUCUUGUUGCAGAUGUAUCUACAUGGCAAAGUCCUUGUUCUGUCUGAAAAAACGUGACUAGCCUCGAGUCCCCUCACUAAUUGAGCUGUUGAAAUUUAAAAUUGUGAUGCUCUGUUUCUUGAAAAAAAAUGAGCUGUUAUUAGAACGUAUCUUUACAUAUCUUCAAUGAAAGUAGUGAUUAUACA